GACGCCGUAGAAAAUGUAUAUUCCUACACGUUAUUUUUCUCAGAGGCGUCGGAGAAAAAAAGGAUCAUAUUUAUUUGCAAUUAAGUCACCUGCCGGCCCAGCUGAUACGCGAGAAGCUGCCCGGAAUUUCGCACCUCUCUUGGGUGUUCGCCGGAGUGAAUGUGUUGGAGCAACCGAUUCCCGUGAUUCCCACGGUGCAUUAUAACAUGGGCGGGGUACCUACAAAUUGGCGUGCGCAAGUAUUAACACGAGAAAACGAGGAGGACAGACCGAUCGAAGGUCUCUGGGCAGCCGGCGAAAGCGCGUGUGCCUCCGUUCACGGUGCUAAUCGCUUGGGCGCUAACAGCCUCCUGGAAAUUGUGGUUUUUGGCAAAGCCAUCGCCGACCAGAUCGACUGUAUCGCCAGGCCCGGUGAACGUCACGAGGAUCUGCCGUCAGUAAGAAAAAAAAAAUUGGGAUGCCUCAGAAAUAUUCCUCAUCUAUAUCUGAAGAGGCAAUUUUUUAUCGUCGCGAAUUUGACAGAAAGCUACAUCGCAGCUUCCCAGGGCCGCAGAUUAUCAUCUCCCAAAUUCGAUAUUUUAUUUUAA